CCUCUAACCGCUACGCGCCUUUAGGCCUCGGGCCCCUAGGCUGGAGAACCAGCGGCUUGCGCGCCCGCGCAGUCUUCAGGCCGGAGCAAGCGCUUGCGCACGAGUUCCCAGGCGCGCAGGCCGCGGGGUUAUUAGAGGUCGGGCCGAGCCCGGCUGGUUCCGCGAGCGCCUGGCAGUCUGAGGGAGACAGAAAAAGGAGGGGAGGAGGAGGAUUCAGGGAAUAAGAGCUGGGGAGCCCUUCUGCGCCACAGAACAUUUCUAAUAAAUUGGUGAAGAUAGAAAAACUGUCAAAAAGGCUGUGGCAUUCCUACACAGUAGUUACUUUUGGUGACAGUAUCUGGUUCCCACAAUGUAUCAUUCUUUGUCUGAAACAAGACAUCCUCUGCAGCCAGAAGAACAAGAAGUAGGCAUUGACCCCUUGUCCACUUAUUCAAACAAGUCUGGAGGAGAUUCAAAUAAAAAUGGAAGAAGAACAAAUUCUAUCUUAGACUCUGAAGGGACUUUUAAUUCAUAUAGGAAAGAAUGGGAAGAACUAUUUGUAAACAACAAUUACUUGGCAACAAUAAAGCAGAAAGGAAUUAAUGGACAGCUGAGAAGCAGCAGGUUCCGCAGCAUUUGCUGGAAGCUAUUUCUUUGUGUUCUUCCUCAAGAUAAAAGUCAGUGGAUAAGUAGAAUUAAAGAAUUAAGAUCAUGGUAUAGCAACAUUAAAGAAAUACAUAUCACAAACCCCAGGAAGGUUGUUGGGCAGCAAGAUUUGAUGAUCAACAAUCCCCUUUCACAGGAUGAAGGGAGUCUUUGGAACAAAUUUUUCCAAGAUAAAGAACUUCGAUCAAUGAUUGAACAAGAUGUCAAAAGAACGUUUCCUGAAAUGCAGUUUUUCCAACAAGACAAUGUGAGAAAAAUUCUUACAGAUGUUCUUUUCUGUUACGCUAGAGAAAAUGAGCAGUUACUUUAUAAACAGGGAAUGCAUGAGCUAUUAGCACCUAUAGUCUUUAUCCUUCACUGUGACCAUCAAGCUUUUCUACAUGCCAGUGAGUCUGCACAGCCCAGUGAGGAAAUGAAAACUCUCUUGAACCCUGAAUAUCUGGAACAUGAUGCCUAUGCAAUGUUCUCACAACUUAUGGAAACUGCUGAACCUUGGUUUUCUACUUUUGAACAUGACAGUCAAAAGGGGAAAGAAACUCUGAUGACUCCUAUCCCCUUUGCCAGACCACAGGACUUAGGGCCAACAAUUGCUAUUGUUACUAAAGUGAACCAGAUCCAGGAUCAUCUACUGAAGAAGCAUGAUAUUGAGCUCUAUAUGCACUUAAACAGGCUAGAAAUUGCACCACAGAUAUAUGGGUUACGGUGGGUACGGCUGCUGUUUGGAAGAGAGUUUCCUCUGCAGGAUCUGCUAGUGGUUUGGGAUGCCUUGUUUGCAGAUGGCCUUAGCCUGAGUUUGGUUGACUAUGUCUUCAUAGCCAUGCUACUCUACAUCCGAGAUGCUUUGAUCUCUAGUAACUACCAGACCUGUCUUGGCCUUCUGAUGCAUUACCCAGUCAUCGGGGAUAUACACUCACUGAUUCUUAAGGCUCUGUUCCUUAGAGACCCAAAGAGAAAUCCAAGACCAGUGACUUACCAAUUUCAUCCCAAUUUAGAUUAUUACAAAGCACGAGGAGCAGACCUUAUGAAUAAAAGCCGGACCAAUCCAAAAGGCACUCCCCUGAAUAUAAAUAAAGUCUCUAAUAGCCUGAUUAAUUUUGGAAGAAAGUUGAUUUCCCCAGCAAUGGCCCCAGGCAAUGUGGGUAGCCCUGUACCUGAGGACAACGGUGGCUCUUCUGCUGUGAUUCCCACAAAGUCCUCCACAGAAGCUCCAAGGUAUCAUCUGCAGCAGCAGCAGCAGCAGCAGCAGCAGAGGCUGAUGAAAUCUGAAAGCAUGCCAGUGCAAUUGAACAAAGGAGAUGUAGUUACAGGAAGUGAUGCUCAGGUUUCUGCUCCUGCCCAGACUCUAACUGACCUCCAAGGACAGAGUUCUAAAAACAUCAGCUCAUCUCCAAGCAUUGAAAGUUUGCCUGGGGGAAGAGAAUUUACAGGCUCUCCACCUUCAUCUGCUACUAAAAAAGAUUCUUUUUUUAGCAACAUUUCACGUUCUCGCUCACACAGCAAAACUAUGGGCCGAAAAGAAUCUGAAGAAGAAUUAGAAGCCCAAAUUUCCUUCCUUCAAGGACAGUUGAAUGAUCUGGAUGCCAUGUGCAAAUACUGCGCUAAGGUGAUGGACAGUCAUCUUGUAAAUAUUCAAGAUGUGAUUUUACAAGAAAAUUUGGAAAAAGAAGACCAAAUUCUAGUGUCCCUGGCAGGAUUAAAACAGAUCAAAGAUAUUCUAAAAGGUUCCCUGCGUUUCAACCAAAGCCAGCUGGAGGCUGAGGAGAAUGAACAGAUUACAAUCGCAGAUGACCACUAUUGUUCCAGUGGCCAGGGACACAACAACCAAUUUCCAGUGGUCACCAAACAGGCCUCUCCAGAAACUACGGAGUACAAAGACAGAGGGAGUUCGGAUGACUUCAUCUUGGUAUCAAAGGAAGAUGAAGGGGGCACUGCCAGGAGGCCCUUCUCAGGCCAAGCUCAGCCUCUUCGCACCCUCAGAAGCACAUCUGGGAAAAGCCAGACCCCAGCCUGCUCCCCACUGGUAUUCUCAGAUCCACUGAUGGGUCCAGUUUCAGCUUCCUCCAGCAACCCCAGCUCCAGCCCUGAUGAUGACAGCAGCAAGGACUCUGGCUUCACCAUUGUGAGCCCUUUGGACGUCUGACCACCAGGAUCCACCCAACUCCUCAGUGGCCUGAAGGCUUUUCCAAUGCAUAUGCGUCUGAAAUUGGCACUUCUUUCCCAGCAUGCAUUUGGCAUUGGUUACAGCCCUUUAGAGCCCUUUCAAGAGAAGCAAAUAUGGCCAGAGUCCACAGAGCUGCUGGGUUCACCAAAAUGUAGGCAGAGCCUUCUGGGUCGUCAUUUGACCCAUACACUGCCCUUGAUCUGAAUGAGAGCUGGAUUAAGCACUCAGCACCACACUCACUGUCAGAUAACCCCACACUUAGUAUCACUCCUCCCCUCUUCCUUCCUCCCCAACUAAGAGGAUCUGACCACUCUUAUCAGUGAUACUUAGGAGGAGGAGAAGUUAGUUUCAUAUCUCCUCUCCCUCAGCACAUCAGCUACAGAAAAACUGGCUAACAGCAAGAAAAAAAUUACUCAAUGAAAAUCUAUCUCAGCCUAUUUCUUUCCUAUCUUGGGAAGCCACAUAGUAAAACCAAGUGGAAUCAAUCAAUUAGACUAAGUAGAUUCCAGGGCUAGGAAAAACCUAUUACUGAUGUCUCAAAGUUAUAAUGAUCUUUAGAAGGGUCUAAACUUAGGAAUCAUACUUAGGUAUGAUUUGGUGUAAUAUUUUUCACUAGCUAAAUAACACAUUUAUAGUCCUCAGGCUUCAAUAUACUUUAACCAUUACCAUUUUUCCUAAAAUAAUUGUAAUUUAUCUUUUAGACUCUUUCCUAGCCAGGAAAAAAAAAAAAAAAAGAUCAGUUAAACCCAGUCUUGGCUGCACUGAUGUCAGAAGUUGUAAGAAUAUUACUAUCCCUAACUUAGAUUAUGGGAUUAAAAAAAACUUUUAGUCAGUUUUCUGGCAGUUUCUCUAGUUUCAGAGCUGUAUUUAUCUAUUAAGUGAGGAGUACGGAGAAACACCCAUGGUAGAUCCAUCCAUGGCCUUAAGGUAACAGACAGAGAAUUAGACCUAGAGCCCUUUCCAGGGAAGCAGGGCUUCCUACAAAACAUUCCAGAUGCUCAGAGGAUGCAGGGUUUCUACAUAGCCCUUUCCCUUUCUGAGAUUCAGUUAGGAAUUGUGGGUUCUAUGCUAGCUUGAAUUCUGCAUCCUGGACCCCUGCUGGGACCAGGUCAGACAUGCAGUGCCUUCCUGAGAUUCAGCACAGAUGUUAGGCUUUGCCCACCUCAGUUGGCAGCUUAGGAAGCCAUGAUAGACAUAAAACAGCCCAUGAUUGCCCUCUCUCCUUAAAUGAGGAAAACUCUGGAAAGAGCACCUCACCUCACCUCCUGGGCAAGGCACGGGGCAGGGUUGCUUAUCAACACAGGGCCCAUUCCACCUUCUUCAGGGAGUCAUGGCCCUUGCAAGGAGGACUGGCUCUCUGGGCCUCUUGGAGAAAGGUGGGGCUUCUGAGCAGUGGUACUCUUCGUGAUACCUGUAAAUAAAAGAUAGGAGUGUUUAUGCCUACCCACUGCUCACCAUGUAUUUCCUACAGACAAAUGUGACAGGAACAUCAUUUCCCACUUGAUCUCCAAGGAAAUGAGAUGACUCAGCUACUGCAAAGUAAGUUCUAAGUGGUUCUUCAAUCUGCUUUUAAAUUCUGGCAAAAGAAAUCUCAUUAUAUUAAAGAUGAAUAACCACUCCAGUUUUGCCAGCUACCAGAGCUAUCUAGCCUUCCCCAGUUGGGCAGUUGCUUGGCAGGUACACUAACCUCUCUCUCCCUCUCGCUCUCCCUCUCCCUCUCCCUCCCCCUCUCUUUCUCCCUCUCCCUCUCCCUUCUUCCCUCCUUCCCUCCCCUGCCCCACCCCUCUGAGUAUGUUCUUAUAAAGUAAGAGACUUGGUAAGGUCCAAAGCCCCGACACUGUGUUGUACCAGUGCCAGUUUGUGCCACAGUUGCUGUCUCACAAAGGAUUUGCCUUCAGAAGGUGUCUAUGCUCAGUUCUGUGAAUGUAGAACUAAGCAGCCAGGGCCCCUGGACAGAGACCAUGACGAACCACAGAAUUGGCUGUCUCCUUCAAGUUAGACCACUAUCAUCUGCUCACCCCAGCAUCUCCUUUGCCCCAAGAUCUGAGGGUCAGCAGCCACCCACCAGGCCAAAAGGCUAUAAGCUGGUUUCUUGCCAUUGGUUGGGCAUUUAGUAGUCACCAAACACUUCCCAGCCCUGCCCAUAUGUCAGGGCAGGUCCUCUUCCUUCCUUCAUUACUGUGCUGGUGCCACAUGAGAACUGAGAGUUUCACUCAGAGGUGUUGCUUCUAGCCCUCCGAUAAACUCACCCACUCAGAGAAAGAACUUGGGGAGGGAGAACUGGGGCAUGAAUACACCAGUCCCAUUCGCAUAGAGUUAGAGCACUGUAAUACUGGGUUGUUUCUUUUUUGAGCAAGGGUCUCACUAUGCAGUUUAGGCUGGUCUGGAACCCAAUAUGGAGCCCAAGCUGGCCUCAAACUCAUGGUGAUCCUCCUGCCUCAGUUUACCAAGUGCUGGGAUUACAGGUGUGCACCACCAUGCCGGGCUUAAUAUUGCUUUUCUAAGUGACUUUUUUAUUCUUUGGUGAGCAUGUUUAUUGUUUGCAUUUUUGUUAGUUACAGUGCUAUUAAAGAGUGGUUUUUUUUCUGUUUUUUUAAUCAGGUACUUAAGUUUAAGUGCACUUUUUUUAUAAUUUUUGAUAUAUGAAGCCUUUUUUAAAAACAAAUAUGGUAAUCAAUGGAAUGCCUCAUUUUAAGCAGUUAAAUAAAUUAAGUUUAAUUCCUAUUUUCAUCUUUUUUUUUUUUUUGUAUGGAUGUCCCUGUGUCUCUCUUGCAUUCCACUGAUCAGACUGGAAAUCUGAGUUAAAGUUUAUCUGCUAAAUUACUACUAGAGAAUCAAAUGCAUACUUACUUUGCCUUAUUUCAUGUGUAUGUUAAGAGGGUUGUGUAACACUGUAAAAAUAUAAUUAUACUGAGUUAUUCUUGGAAAAAUGACCUCUCAGUUUUCAGUGCUAACUAUAAUCUGGAAAGAAAUAAUAGCACUGCAGAAUAAACGUGGCUCUAAAAAUAA